CGUUGUCAAAAAACGAGUGUACGCAGAGGUGGCCGCAUAUCGUACCUAUUCGUGUAGUAUCGUAAAGUGAACGGUUCCGCACUUCGAGAUUUCAUUAAUCCUUUACAAUAUUUAGAAUAUAAUUCAAAAUGAAACUAAUUUAUCUCAUGCUAUUAGUUUUGCCUGCGGCGUUGCUUUGUUUCCAAAAUGCCAACACCAUUCUAGUGAGAGGAGAUGAGGAUGAACUUGAUGAUGUAGUAGAUAUUGAGGGUGAAGACAACCAGGUGGUGGGUGAAGAUGCACUGGGCGAUGAAGAUGAUGAUUCAGUCAAAUCCUCGCAAGAUGUUGACACUACAAUUAUGUUCAUAAAGCCUCAGCCGAGUUAUGGUGAUGCAACAUUUGAUAUACAAGCUGGCUUCCCCGUCGAGUUUCUAGUUGGUUUCACCAACAAAGGUUCAGAAGACUAUGUUGUUGAGACCAUGGAAGCAUCAUUCCGGUACCCCAUGGACUAUACAUACUACAUCCAGAACUUCACAGCAAUGCCUUACUUCAGACAAGUGAAGCCAAAGCAGGAAGCCACUUUUGCUUAUUCGUUCAUCCCAAAUGAAGCUUUCGCUGGCAGACCUUUUGGAUUGAACGUUCAGUUGAACUACAAGGAUGCAAGUGGAAACACUUAUCAGGAGGCUGUAUACAACCAGACGCUGAACAUUGUUGAAGUAUCAGAAGGUCUUGACGGAGAGACAUUCUUCCUCUACGUGUUCCUUGGUGCAGCCUGCGUACUAGCCCUAGUGUUGGGCCAACAAGGCUUAUCAUCCCUCGCACGUCGCAGAUCACCUAGAUCUGCGCCCAAACCACUUGAGACUGGAACAGCUAACGAUGUUGAUUACGAUUGGCUGCCAAAGGAAGUCGUUAACCAGCUUAAAAAGUCACCUAAAACGCCGAAGCAGUCGCCACGACUAAGGAAAGCGAAAAGAUCUGCGGGCGACGAUUAAGUUUAGCAUCGAAUUAUUAGUUUAGGAACACCAAGCGAUGCCUGAAUCUAGGCUAUGAGUGAUUGUUGGCAAGUGAAAUAGGACAAGGUCUAACGCAGCACACCGAUUUGUUAAUCGAUUCCGAUAAAGUUCGCACAUUCGUAAUUAGAUUUAUAGAUUUUUUGAUGGACCGAUUUAUUGUAGUAUAGUAUUCGAAUCCGUUUAAACGUACACAAUCGGUUUAUAUUACCUAUUCUUUGUAAUAUAAACCGAUUGUGCGGUAAACGUUUGUUCACUUUUGUACGGUGGUUAAAUACAGCUUAUAAAAAUUGGAUUUGGAGUUAGUUAAAAGUAAUUUUUUUCACGACAGACGUUGUGUAGUAACAUAGUCAUUUAAUCAAUGUAGUAUUUUCCCUAAUAAGGUACAAGAAAACUUCUAUAGUUGAAUAUUUUAUUUGUAUAGAUGCAGAUUGGUGUAUAAUAAAAUUGGUUUAAAUGCUGUUUGUGUUGGCUUGUGCUAGGCCUUUAUAAGAUCUCUAAUUUUUAUGACAUUACAAGACUGAAGUGAGUAAAUAAUUGUACUCUUAUGGACUCAAUUGACUGGUCAUGUCAUCCACCUAUUCCUAUUUCAAGUUGUCAAAAGUGAAAAAGUGUUUUUUAGUUGCUGAACGUUUUAAGUUAUGGAACAAAAUGUGUGGAAAGCUUUGUAAUGACGUGCGUUUAUGAGAAGACAUUAUUUAAUUAAAAAUGUUACAUUUUUA